AUGCCAGGAUCAACGCGAAAGCUGCACCGAGUCGCCCCUGCGAGCCUGACGCACGUGGAUGUGAUGCUCGGGUCUCUCACCGCGACGUCCGAAGAGUUCGCGCAUUCAUUGGUGGCGAAGGCCGAGCAGCAAGGAGCCACAGUCACCUUCCAGUCGUUGGACAACUUCAAUCCAGACCACCUCGUCGGACCAAGUAGCCCCUACCGAUCACCCUCCCGAGUGCUGGUCUUCGUACUGUCGACUCACAUGGCCGGCAAGCCAGCUUCGACUGCCGAGGCGUUCUUGCUGUGGCUUCAACAGUCUCCACAAUCAAUUUGUUCCCUACAUGGAACUGUUCGGGAAUCCGAAGUGGAGCCAAACAUUGAGGCGAGUGCACCGAGAGCUAUCACUCCGUCGAGUUCGAGUCCACGGAAACAUCGGAUAACUACUGUGCCGAAGACUGCUGCAGAGUUGCAAGCUCAGCCCCCGACCAGGCCUGCCUCUAAAUCGUCCAUGGUCGUUAACUGGCGGUACCCGUUCGGUGGCAGCGACAACUCGUUAAGACUCGACGACGGUCCUUUGAGCGGUGUCCAGUAUACGGUAUUCGGUGUGGGGAACUCGAUCUACCGCACGUUCAACGCCACGGCCAAGUACGUCGACACGAGGCUUCAUGAACUUGGCGCUCUGAAAGUUUUCCCGCUUGGUCUGGGUGACGCGUCGAAGUGGAUCGACGUCACCUUCAUGAAAUGGGAGAAACAACUCUUACAUCUCGUUUCGGCUCCAUCCAAUAGCGCAACUACUACGAAUGUCAACGACACCAAUGCGCACGAUGCUGACCAGGAGAUCACCCUUGGUCCAACACCCGCGGAUAUUUCGGCCAGCCAACAACGCGCGAAGAAGCCGUCGUUUACGAGGUCUCACAGUUUUGCUAGUAUGCUUCUAAGGCGACGCAGCGCUUUGGAGCCGAGCACACCAGUAGUGAUGCCCCCGCUAAAGCAAUAA